UCGAUCUUCAACUGGUCAUUAUUCUCCCCCAGGCCACGCAACAGAGAUACCACCGCUAUUUCCAUUCUUUCCAGAUCAACGGUUUACUUUCCAUCAUCUUAGCCCAAAGCAAAGUUACGCAACAUGAACAUGCCGCCAGACCGCCGCUACGGAGCCUCCUCGUCAAUUUCCAUCCUCGAGACCAUCCUCGAGACCGAUGCACACCAAGAGGAACAAGACAGGGAAUUAGCCGCCCCCCCGUAUAACCUUGUCAGCCCCCCCCACCCCCGCCGCAGCGCCAUCUCCGCUCUCCGACCAGGUGAACCAACCUACACCUCAAUUGUGAGCAACUCCAAGAAGGAUGAGUCCAAACACGGACUUGGGUACGACCGUGAACGAAGCCGCUUUGCCCCAUCCCCUUUGACCUUCCCACCAACUCCGAAAAAAGAACCCACAUCCAAGAUUUUUCCCCUUAACAAACAUGUGCCUUGGGCACCCCCAACCAGAUUCUGGCUACCAGGACAGAAGACGAGAUGGCACAAGCCCCCGCUCGGGAAGCUGAUGACACCGGGGCAGUACCGCGCUUGGGAGAGGACAAAGACUGGGCCAAGGUGUCAGACUUACAUGAUGUAUCUUAUGGCGUUUAAGCGGAACGUGAAGGGGCUUGUGCCUGCUCCGUAUCGGAGGUUGGAGGAUGGGAGUGAGGUGCCUGUUGAGUAUUGGGGGAUGGUUGUGAAUCAUGGUCAUGUUGAGGAGGAUGGUGGUGUUGAGAUUAUAACAGGGAGCAAGGCGGAUCAUGAGGCUGCGGAUGCCAGGGCGGUGCAGGGUUCAAGUAAGGUGGCAUCACCGACGCAGAACGGUCACGCUGAAACUCCUGGGAGUGAGAGGAUGAUACUUAUCAGUGGUGGGUCGUAUUCUUUGAGCAAGGAUAUCGAAGAGGAGGUGGGUGGGGGGGGGGAUGAAGAGGGGGAUGGUGGGGAGAGCGAGAAUGGUGUAGAGAAGGAGAAUGGUGUAGAGAAAGAGAAUGAUGCGAAGAAGGAUGACUCUGGUGAUGAGAUGGAGGGGUUGGAGCAGACUGAAUGA